ACCACACGCAGUGGAAAAGUCUGGAAGCAUCGUGCGGCGCAGGCAGCGAGCGAGAGGAGUGGAGGAUGACGGCGCCCAAGCCUGGCGGGGGAGCGGCGGCCGCGGCGCGGGCGGCCGCGGCGGGGCCCAGGACGGUGCUCAUCACGGGGGUCAGCAGGGGGCUUGGCCGGGCCCUGGCGCUCGAGCUCGCGCGUCGCGGGCACGCGGUGGUCGGCUGCGGCCGCUCCGCCGAGCACCUCCGCUCCCUCGAGGCAGAGAUCACGUCGCCGUCGCGCCACUUCCUCACCGUCGCCGAUGUCAGGUCUGACAGCAGUGUGGCCGAGCUGGCAAAGGCUGUUGUGGAAAGGAAGCAAGUUCCAGAUAUUAUAGUAAACAAUGCUGGUACAAUAAACAAGAAUAACAAGACAUGGAAUGUACCAGCGGAAGAUUUUGAUAUGGUGGUCGAUACAAAUAUCAAAGGAACAGCAAAUGUGCUUCGCCAUUUCGUACCACUUAUGAUAGAGAAGAGACAUGGGAUUAUAAUUAAUCUAUCCUCUGGUUGGGGAAGAUCUGCUGCUGCAGAGGUUGCUCCAUAUUGUGCUUCGAAGUGGGCGAUUGAGGGCUUGACACGCUCGUUGGCUAAAGAGCUGCCUCCUGGAUUGGCAGCCAUUGCUCUUAGCCCUGGUGUCGUGAAUACUGACAUGCUUACUUCAUGCUUUGGAAGCUCAGCCGCAUUGUAUCAAACAACUGAAACAUGGGCACCCAAGGCAGCUACAAUGAUACUAAGCCUUUCACUCGAUGAUAACGGUGCCUCCUUGACUGUAUGAAGUGGUGAAAUUUUGUGCUCAACUGAUUGCUGAUUGGUUCUCUUGUAGCCUGACAUGUAGAAUUUUGCGAGAUUAUGGUGUUGUAAAAUAGUAGUGAUAAUGUGUGUCUGUCACUCUGAUGUCCCUAGCUGUUGUCUGAACGUUAUUGUUUAGCAUUACCUCUAUGGCCUAUGCAUAUGCUCUUCUUUUCAUUUGAUAUUUUGUUGAUGUGGGGGGGGGGGGGAGUAAUAUGUUGAGAAAGGUGCCGGGCGGAGAAGCAGGCCUGCAAGCUUUGUUUCGGUGGUGUCCCCAGGCAUGGCGACACGAUCCGAUCUGCCGCCUUGAAGCCCAGCCCGGUACGCCCGUGUCUAAUGCAGCAACAAUUGGGCGGACGGACGGGCAUGAUGCCUAUUGCGUCGCUCUGCCGUUCCUGUGAGCACUUGAAUACUUCAUCUAUUGGCUCCAAGUAUAAUUUUGCAUCGCAGAAGGCAGGGCCGCAGGGAGAAGUUAUUGCCCAUUAUCCCGGAAGAUGAAUAAGGCUUUCAGAAUGUAUUCUUUUCUCACAGCAUGAUUGCCCUGUUUGUUUGGCUGAAAAACCAUGACUGAAAGUAUUAUUUGCUGA